GGUUUCCUGAGAUGAAAGAUUACUUCCGUCCGAGCUCCGGCCUCUCUCUGGAGCUGGCUCGUUGGGGGUUGGGGAGCGGGCUACGCGAGGCUCGAGGACCGCGCCUUGCCACCUGCAGCGCCCGGGGCCCACCGGACGCUCUCGGCCCGGUACGGGGCUCACGCGGGGCAUCUUUGCAGGUGGGAGUUGAGAGCACUUCCAAGAGCCCAAGCCAUGGUGGCCAAACAGCGGAUCCGGAUGGCUAAUGAGAAGCACAGCAAAAACAUCACCCAGAGGGGGAACGUAGCCAAAACCCUGAGACCGCAAGAAGAAAAAUACCCUGUGGGACCAUGGCUGUUGGCACUGUUUGUUUUUGUUGUCUGUGGCUCAGCUAUCUUUCAGAUCAUUCAGAGCAUAAGGAUGGGCAUGUGAGAAGGCCCGGAUUUGACACUGCCCCUCCUGCUGGAGGGUGGAGGACCACUUAAGCUCUUAGCCGGGUAUCUGUGGGAAGCAAACAGGCCACACAGAGUAGAAAAAACAAAAGGCUCCUGCAAUUGUUCCCUGAUCACUUCAUCGUGGAUGUCAGACCAAAUUGCCUUUUCACAGGACAUCUUGGUACAUCCGUGUUCUGGAGCGGAAAAGACAUUUUGCUUUUCUGUUGGCAGGAUGGUAGCUCCCCAGUGUCUGCAAAGUGCUCUACUUGGUUUUUCCUUUGGUUUCAGGAAUGUACGCAUGUGGCCCUCUGAAUGAUCACCACUUUGCAAUCUGUGGAUACAAUCUCUCCUCCACUGGGAACUGGUUUUACAAAUAAAUGUGUUUGUUCAACCUUA